AUGGCGGGCGGGCGCGCUGGGCGAAUGAACUCCUUAAUCCACCCUGCUGAAUUCGCCGUACUGCACCGCAUUGAACCUGUGAUACCCGUGCGGGUUUUCCCUUCCCUUCAUUCACAGCACAAAUUCGCCCCUUUUCAAUCCCCCCAGCUUAUCCCAGUGCGCUUCAUUCCAAUCCUACACGCCCGCAGCACCGCAGCGAUGGAGGGCGGCGCGGAGGCGAGCGAGCAGGCGCGCGGGCAGCAGCGACCCACGGUAUCGAUCGCGGUGCCGGGGUCCAUCAUCGACAACACGCAGUCGCUCGAACGCGCCACCGCCGUAGCGGGGCAGAUCGCGCGCGCCGCCGUCAUUUUCAAGGUGCACGAGAUUGUCGUGUACGACGACUGGGACGCGGAGGGCGACUCGAGCGCGCCGCGCGGGUGGCGCGGGGAGCGCUUCUCGGGGUCCGCGGGGUCGUUCCUGGCGCGCGUGCUACAGUACCUCGACACCCCGCAGUACCUCCGCCGCGCGCUCAUUCCGCUCACGCCGGACCUGCGCCUCGCGGGGCUGCUUCCGCCGCUGGACGCGCCGCACCACGCGCGCAUGCACGAGUGGCCCGACCCACAUUCCCACAUCCCCACGUGCUUGCUUCCUCGCCUCCUGAAAAACCCCAUGUGCGUGCAAUCAUGGCAGAGGGUGCGUGUGCGAGGAAACUUCUCGGAAGGCACGCGGCUGACAGUGGCCAUGGGGCCUGUGGCCGAGCGAGACAAGGUGUUACACCCAGGAGUGCUGCUGACGCCCGUGGCCCCGCACGUGCCGUGGGGGGAGAGGGGGCAGUACUGGGGGUACUCUCACGGCGAUGUGAAGGAGAUCGGGCACUUCAAACUGCCGCCCUUCCGGCAUUUAUUGGUGGUGUUCGGGGGCGUGGCGGGGUUGGAGGAGGCAUGUGAGGGCGACGAGGGGCUGGGGGCGAACAGCAGGGACCCGCGGCAGCUGUGCCAGCUCUACCUCAACACGUGCCCGCACCAGGGCUCGCGCACCAUUCGCACCGAGGAGGCGGUGCUGAUAUCUCUGGCGUACAUCUCAGCACUCAUGCCGUGA